AUGGGAUGCGGAAGCUCAAGCAGCACUGCGGUGGUCCGGCCACUCGUCCCGGGAAAUCUGAAGGGAGAUGAGUGUGAAACAGAAAGUAAACACAGUUGUCGUGGAGACUCUGCUGUGUCCAAGAUCACCACUGACAGCGGAGUGGGGAUGGAGAACAGAGAGGUCCCAGCUCUCCCAGGGGCCGUCCCACGCAGACUGCCCCCUCUCUCGGCUUCAGUCAGUCCUCCUCUGUUGAGACGCGACAGUCAAAGUCAGGGGCGUCGAAAGUCCUGUGAAAUUCUGGAAGAGCUUCUAACACAAGGCAUCAUCCCCACAGGCCGAGAGAGCGGUGGUACAGCAGGAGAGGCCUACAGCAUCAUGUUAACUGAAGGGGAAGGGGCUUUGAGAAGACCUCCUGCCCGACUGGAGUCUCUGAAAGAAAACAAAAUCCAACUGACCAAAGAAGAGAUUGAUGAGAAGAUCCGGCUGGCAGAGGAGAGACGGAAGCAAAAGGAAGAAGAGAUGAAGACCCGCCUGAGAGCGAAGUCUGCACGUGUACGGGUCCGCACCCUGAGCACCGGGGAGGAGGAAGACCCAGUAGAACUCCUCUCAGCCCCCAUGCAGGCCCCCAUGCAGGCCCCCAUGCAGGCCCCCACCCAGGCCCCACAAGCGUCAGGGCAGGGUGUAGAGACCCAGGUGGUCCCAAUGACGCAGGACGGUGAGCUCUCAGACUCGGCCAACAGUGAUGUGAGCUUUGCACCUGUUACUUCUUAUGAUGAAGUCUUUUAA